AUGGAUCCAGUGUCUGCUGAUGUGUCUAAGCCACCUUCUGUGAAAGUACCAAAUGCGACACAUCCUGCUUACGAGGAUGAUGGUCAAGCUUCUGCUGCCGUAGCAUCUGGACAAGAUAAUUCUGCCCCUGAAGCACCGUCUAGGCUAUCUCCCACUGGCAUAUCUUCUUGGGCCAAAAAUUUAAAAGUUUCGCCGUCGUUUUCUGGAUCCCAAGACGAGUCUUCUAGUGGAAAUGUUGGGAAAUCAGCCUUUGCACGCCUUACAAGUAAUCUGGGAUUGCGGUUGUCUCCGAAGUCUCCUGUGGAUGACAGUCCCAAUGAAACAGCAGCGCAAUCUAAUUUGUUUGGAACUAUCACAAAGGGUCUGGUUGACUCUUCGAAGAAUGCGGUGAAAGCUGUGCAGGUUAAAGCACGUCAUGCUGUUUCUCAAAAUAAACGCAGAUACCAGGAAGGAGGUUUUGAUUUAGAUAUGACAUAUAUCACAGAAAACAUUAUUGCAAUGGGGUUCCCUGCUGGUGACAUGAGCUCUGGGUUUUUUGGUUAUGUUGAAGGAUUUUACAGAAAUCAUAUGGAAGAAGUGAUCAAGUUUUUUGAAACUAACCAUAAGGGUAAAUACAAAGUGUAUAAUCUCUGUUUGGAGCGGCUGUAUGAUGCAUCGUUGUUUGAGGGGAAGGUGGCUAGCUUCCCAUUUGAUGACCAUAAUUGCCCACCGAUUCAACUGAUUGUAUCAUUUUGUCAAAGUGCUUACUCAUGGUUGAAACAAGACAUUGAGAAUGUGGUGGUUGUCCACUGUAAAGCAGGAAUGGCCAGGACAGGGUUGAUGAUUUCCAGUCUUCUACUAUUCUUAAAGUUCUUCCCAACUGCUGAGGAGUCAAUGGAUUAUUAUAAUCAGAAAAGAUGUAUUGAUGGAAAAGGACUUGUUCUGCCUAGUCAGAUUAGGUAUGUCAAGUAUUUUGAACGGAUCCUCACUUACUUUAAUGGUGAAUGUCCACCUCCCCGCAGGUGCAUGCUUAGGGGAUUCCGGCUUCACAGAUGUCCUUACUGGAUCAGACCCUCUAUAACCAUUUCAAAUCAUGACGGUGUGUUGUUCUCAACCAAAAAGCAUCCAAGAACCAAAGAUCUUUUGCCAGAAGAUUUUUGGUUUACUGCACCAAAGAAGGGAGUUAUGGUCUUUGCUUUACCUGGAGAGCCUGGUCUCACAGAGUUGGCUGGUGACUUCAAAAUUCACUUUCAUGAUCGCCAAGGCGAUUUUUACUGUUGGUUAAACACAACUAUGACAGAAAACAGGAAAGUUUUGCUCACCAGUGAUCUCGAUGGCUUUGACAAGAGAAAAUUGCCUUCUCCAGGAUUCCAGGUUGAGGUUGUGCUGGUGGAUUAUAAUGGCAAUGUUGUAACUUCCAAUUCUGAAGCUACAAAGAAAUCAGACGAGAGUUCAAGCAGAAGUCCUGCCCCAGCUGAGACGAGCACCCCCGCACCAAAUGCAGACAAAGAGUCAGGGGAUGGGGAUCGAGACAAAGAUGACGAUGUAUUUUCAGAUGGUGAGGCAGAGCAUCCCGCUUCUUCACGAAGCAAACAAACAAAGGCACCUUCCGAAGCAGUUGUAACAGUUGCAAGUACCACCAAAGAGUCUGAGGCAAACAAAAAUUCAAAUCAAAUAACAAAUAUAACUCAUGCAACAGAACAAGUUUCUUUGGGUAGUAAGAUCUCUACACCAAGUCAUAGUACUGGUGAGCCGAAGAGUGAUGUUGGUGGAAAAACUGUGUCCAGUCUCGAUGGACCCAGCUCAGAAAGUGAGUUUAAGGCCAUGGCUGCAGAUGCUUCCGUGUUUACGUUUGGAGAUGAUGAAGACUAUGAAAGUGAUUGA